AUGGACCAACAACAAGCGGCACAGGUCCUCCAGUCGCUCCAGGAACUACAGACCGAGGUCAAUCGACUAAGAGGCCGAGAAGCUGAACUGACAGCACAGGUCGCUUCUUUUGGUGCGGGUUCGGCUGCUUCAGCUGGACCUGGCAGUGCACUGGCACAGUUGGUGCAGUCACAAAAGGAGCUUGUGGACGCCCUUAGAUCGAAAGAACAAGUCCGGUUGGUCGACAACAAGGGCCUUGGCAAGCCCGACAAGUUUGAUGGGACAGCCGAAAGAUUCUUGUCAUGGAAAAUCAAGACGUCCUCCUAUCUUGCAAGUGUUCGCAAAGACAUUCGUGAGAUUCUGGUUUGGGCCGAAGAUUGCGAUCAUGCAAUCACUGCAGAUGACAUCGACAAGGCUUUUGGGAGUCAAGCAGAUGCCAUUGACCAGGUGUCGAACAUCAGUGAAUUGAGACGCGAGCUUUGGGACGCGCUGCUAAUGCUGACAGAGCGUGAGCCCUUUGACAUCGUGCUGAACACCGGGGAAUGCGGCAUCGAAAGCUGGAGAAAGCUCACGCGGAGGUACGACCCAUCCACUGGUGGUCGCAAACGCGCUCUCCUCAAUGCAAUCUUGUCACCGGCUCGAUCCAAGAUGGAAGAUUUGCCGUCCAACCUGGAGAAGCUUCUUGACAGCAUCAGACUUUAUGAACGUCGCAAAGACGCAUCUGGCAACCGAACGAUGUUGGCAGAAGACAUCAAGAUCAACGUGAUUGAACGAUUGGUGCCGGCAGAGCUCGAGCGUCAUCUCGUUCUCAAUCGAGAUCGCUUCAAGACGUUCGAGUCCAUGCUGUCCGAGAUCCAGUCCUAUGUGGAACAUGCCACCGGCAACAAGAUCAAGGUGGUGAAUAGCCAGCGCUACGACGCACAUGGCCGUGGGGACGAUCCUAUGGAUGUCGGAAGCUUUGGAAAAGAUGCGAAGGGAAAAGGUAAGGGCAAGAAGGGAGCUGGAGGAAAACCUGGAAAGGGAAAUGCUACAGCUGAGAAGAGAACAUGUCACAACUGCGGACGCCCAGGACAUCUGCGGGCAGAUUGCUGGGCACCUGGAGGCCCCAAACAUAAGGGGACGGGUGGCAAAGGCAACAGCAAUCAGAAUAAGGACAAGGGCAAGGGCAAAGGCAGCCCCGGAAAGCACAAGCAGAAGCCCAAAGGAGGCAAAUCUGUGAACAAUGUCGAACAAGGUGAACCAGAAGCAGAAGACUGGGACGCAGCUGAUGGCGACGAUGGUCAACAAGCAGCAAAUGGUUUAACGCUCUAUGGCGUUGAUGGGCCACCACAUGACGAGGAUGACGACGAAAGUUUCCAGGUCGAUCCCGAGUCCGAGGAGUCGGAAGCCUCGACAAGUCGCAGAAGGUGGUUUUCUUUGCCUCACCCACGUGCGUCAUGGCCUGAAGAGUGGGAUGACCCCGACUAUGAUGGACCGAGUGGAUCGAGCACCUCGAACGCCACAGGGAAGACCCAAGAGGGGCAGAAGUCCAAAGAGCUCAACACCAAAGAGAGGCAAAGCAAGCAGAUCAGAGCCAGUCACUCCGGAGUCAGCACUCCGACGCUUUCGAAUGACUUCGAUGACACCACCACCAAGGAGAAGGUUGAGGUGAAGCCACCACCACCUGUCAAGGCAUCAUCGGCAGCUUCGACUUCAGGUUCUCGACUUGUCCAGAUGCUGAAGGCUGCGCUGAGUUCACAAAUCCGCAAAGUCCAAGAAGAAGAUCCUGGUUCAGGAGAUGGCCAGGCAGAUGCGAUGUUAGCGGCUUUGAGGACUAGAUCUGUCAAGGCACCGCACAUCACAAAGCAGAACAUCAGCGAUCCUUCUUUCCACGACUCGAGAUACCAUGCCGAGAUUGCCAAAGGUGUUGCGCACAAUGUGGCCUGGAGAAAUGAACGUUUGAGAAGACGUGCAAUCGUCCACCGACGAGGAGGAGUCAAGGCACGUGCGGCUGAAAGGAUUCGACUUGACAAAGAAUGGCAUGAACGCUUUGACAACCCAGAAAAUCCAGAAGGCAUAGUGAGAAUCGAGGAUGAAGACAACUUGGAUGCGGGCAUCGAGACGGUGGUUGUGGGCAAAGCUGGUCAGAGCACAGUGAUAGAGUUUUCAAUGGAAGAGCGGAAAACUUUGAGGCAGUUCCCGGACGACGAGGCCAAGUUGCUGCGGAAGGAUCCCAAGAAGAAACCCAUGACCAAGCGUGUUCGAAGCGUUGGGUACAGGGUGAAGAAGAAUCGCAACCGCAAUGUGGCGCGCAAGAUGGCGAGGAAGAACCGACCAGUCUUGGUUCUGAAGGAAAACACUGAAGUGAACGCAGAUGAAGAUGAUGAUGAAAUGGAAGAGGUCUACAUCGAAGAGCCUGAUGAGCCUCGAGACCGACCAGGCAGAGGAGACCCCGAUGGUGGAGCUGGAUCGGCUCCUGCUGCAGUCUACAGCUUGGGGGCCUCUGACGACUGGCGAAAAUGGGAACGAGCAGAGUUGAACAUCGACACCGGUGCUGCCAUCACUGCAGUACCACUUGACUUCGCCAAGGACUACCCGAGGAGCGAGUCCAAUGGAGCAAGCUACAAGGCAGCCAAUGCGGAACCCAUCGAAGAUCAGGGAAGUGUGAAGCUGGUGGGAUACGACGAAUCUGGCAACAAGAUCCCAAUCGAUUGCCGAGUUGCAGAUGUGCAUCGGCCACUUCUUUCAGGUUCCGAGAUCGCCAAGAACUACCACAUCGCCCUUGGACCAUCUUCGGGGAGAUUGAUCCCAAGAAACACUCCUGCGGGACGGGCCUAUUCGAAGGCCGUGAAAGAUCUGAUCCGAGAUUAUGGCGAUUCAAUGCCCAUUGUGCACAAUCGCCGAGGAGUAAGACCACAAAUCAACGCUGUUGGCGAGGAUCCAGCUGUUUCAGCCGGAGCCGAUGCCAUGGAAGAUGGAGGCGAUGUUUCAGCCGCUUCGGCCGGAGCAGGGUCCUCAGGCGAUGUUCCAGCUGCUUCAGCCGGAGCAGAUGCCUUUGAAGAUGAAGUUGAUUUGGAAAUCGGUGAAGAACAGAGGAAAGCCAUUGUGAAGAAAGAACCACAUCAACCAUCCCAAGCUGAAGUUGACGAACAUGAAAGCACUGGACAUGUUGUCCAUCGGAGCUGGUGCUUGCACUGCAAAAGGGCACGUGUGACUGCUGAUCGCCAUGUGCCUAAGGAACUUGAUGAGCCAGAAACGCAGUUGCCCACGCUGAGCCUGGACUACUUCUAUAUGAACCAGGACCAGGUUGCGGAUGAGGCGACCCUUCCGAGCAUUGUGGCGAAGUGCCACAAGACCAAGAGAUUUUGGGCGAGCGUUCUCCCGGGAAAAGGGGCGGAUGCGUUCGCAAUCGCGUGGCUUGGGGGAGUUUUGGAUGAUGCUGGUUUUAAUAAGGUAAUCCUUAAGUCUGACGGUGAACCCUCCUUGGUAUCCCUUAAACAGAAGGUUAAGGAGAUAAAGACCCACAUCGAAGUGCACUUGGUGGAAACCCCAGUAGAAGACCAUCAAGCCAAUGGGUUUAUCGAAGUGGGAGUGCGAGAGAUAAAACGACAAUGUCGUGCUCUCCUCAGCGACCUGGAGUUCAAGCUGGAAAGGAAGGUAGAUCCGGGCCAUCCACUUUUGGUUUGGCUCCCGCGGCAUGCUGCCUUUCUCUUGACGAGAUACCGAGUAGGUACUGAUGGAAAGACCGCUUUUGAGCGGACCUAUGGACGAAAAUGGCGGAUUCCGCUUGUGAGGUUCGGUGAAAGCAUCCUGUAUAGGCCGAGGGCCAAUCGUGGGGGCAAGAGAAAUGACCUUGCUCCAAGGGUAUCCAUUGGGAUGUACGUUGGAACUGGAAACAGAAAUUCAGACGUCUUUGUCAUGACGGAACGUGGAAUCAUGAAGGGGAACUCGAUCCAUCGACGCCCACCUGACGAUCAGUUCAAACAUGAUCAGUUUGACUCGCUACGUGGCCUUCCUUGGAGGUUGCAAGAACGAGAACAUGGUGGACUGAGGAUCGCCCUUCCCGAUGUUGCAGCGCCUCGUGAAAGGCCUGCAGUGCAAGAAGUGAUCCCAAGGAACCUCUAUGUCACCAAGAAUGACUUGGAAAAGCAUGGGCACACACCUUUGUGUCCUGGAUGUGAAGCAGCAAUACUUGAGAUGCCAAGCCGAGCUCACAAUGCUGAGUGCAGACAAAGAAUCCAGAUCGAACUUGACAAGACUCCAGAAGGUCAAGAAAGGAUCAAAAGAGCGAGAGAGAGAGAGUUGCACAAGGCAGGCGCCCAAGAGGCGCGGCUGCACCGCCUGAGGGUGGUGGGGCAGAAGGUGGUGAAGCUGCACCACCAGUUGUCCCAGGAGGGGAAGUUGAACAACCAGUCUUGCAAGACCGUGUUCCUUUGGAUGCGGAAAUGGAUGCAAGUGAGGCUGUUGGUGAACCACUGGUCGACACCGAUUUUCGUGGAGAACUCAGACAGAGAGAACAAGAAAGAGAAGGAAGCCCAAAGAGGCAGAAACAAGAACAAUCCCGAGGCUUCAGGGUCAGCCGGACCACCGGCACCGGAUGCUUCAUCUGGUGUUCCGGAAGGUGCUGCCGCUGCACCAACAAGUCCUGAGACAAACCAGGAGAUGCUACAUCUGUGUUCCUUGCUCAAAGAUGUGAUCGCAAAAGGGAAGGUUGCUGAGAUCUUCUCUCCACCGCGUGUGGCUGCACAAGCCCAAGUGGUCGGGCUAGCACCUGGCUUCUCGAUUGACUUGGAGACAAAGCGUGGUGAUGGAACUCACUGGGACUUGAGUAAAGAUGAACACAUUCGUGAUCUGUUUCAACUGCUUGACUAUGAGAAACCAGAGUUCCUCGGCGGCUCACCUCCCUGUGGGCCAUUCUCGAAGCUGCAAAACAUUGUGGAUGCGAAGGGCAAUGUUUCACCUGAAGUUCGAGCGCAGAGACUAAAAGAUGGUCGCAAACAUCUGCGCACGGCAGUUUCAGCGUAUGAGCAUCAAAUGAAUGCUGGAAGGUACUUCUACCAUGAGCACCCUAAAGGGGCCGCUUCGUGGGAAGAGAGAGCUGUGAAGAGACUGAGGGCAGAUGAACGGGUGUAUGAGGAGGAGUUUUGGAAGCAGCUGCCCGACAGCGAUGACACCAUCGUGGAGCCAGUGCUUGACGCACACUCCGGUGCUGUCUUGGAUGUUGACAAGGUCAGAGCCUCGAGCACUCUUCAGAGCACGAUCAGCUUGAGUUCCGGUGAAGCGGAAUACUACUCGAUCGUUCGAGGAGUUUCCAUCGGAAUGUCGCUACAGGAGAUCUUGCGAGGUUUACCUGCGAAUGAGAUGGAAAGACACAUGCAAAGCAUGGGGUUCGAGUACUCUCAUGGUAGAGCCGAAGCUGCAAAGGCUUUGGAAUGA